ACUGGUAAGAAGAGGAAGGCAUGGGACAGAGAUACUGGGUCCGAGCUAUGAAGUGUCAGCUGCUGGUGACCAGCCUCUUUGUUAUGCUGCUUGGACUAUCAGUAAGUAUAUUGGCCAUUGUCACGUAUUAUGGAAAGCACUUUGCAGUCAUAAAUGAUGCCUCUCUGAAGACAAACGUCUACAAAAGAUCUUUUCACAGUGUAGUUUUUUAUGUUGGGAUAUGCCUGAGCGUCAUUCUGACCAUUGCUGCCCUGCUGAGUGUCCUUGCCACAGUGAGAGAACUGGAGAGUGCCAUGGCCGCGGGUUUUUUCUGUUUUGCUGUGGUGUUCUGUGCAUCGGUAAAGGCCACAUAUUGGACAAUUACCAACAGUAUUGUGGUUGAAGAUACCAUGAUGGAUGUGUAUGAUUUUGUGUAUGAAGAUGUGAGAAGCAACUCUUCCAAUACAAGAAGACAGGAGCUACAUGCCAUCCACAAAAUGUUUCUCUGUUGUGGGAAGAAGCCAGCCUUUGGAGAAGCAAGCAGUUUUGAAAAACAGAUCUGCCAAUCAGAAAUUGUGGGGACAACUGAAAAGGAUUGCCUCCAAGAGAUUCAACAUUUCCUGAAAAAACACAUGAGUUUUGUCUCCCUAUUAAUGACUGUCACAGUUUUCUUCAUGGUGUAUGGAAUGAUCUUAACUUCGUUCCUCUGGUACUCCAUCCACUUUAAGAACAAUUUGGAUCGGAAGCGCAAAUACAUUUUGGCAAAGCAAUAGGAAAUUGGCUCUUGACUUCUGCACCAGACAGAAGAGCAAGUCUAUUAGAGAGACCAGGAGAAAUUGGAUCAUGUGUCACAGCUAUGACUGGGUGGCCGUUAUUAUUUUUCUUUUCACUAAUCUGCCAUCCCAGAUGUGACUGGACUUACAUGAUAGCAUCUGUAGAUAAAGACUGGUGAAAGUGAUGAUCAACCAGGACAUCAGAGGUAUGCAGUGCUGAGUGGAAACAUGAAGGCAAGAUAUACACCAGGAACCAAGGAGUUGCCCAGCCACAAGUGUGUUUGCCAGCUGAAAGGCAUAAUUUAGAACCCCCAAAAUAGCUAGUCAAAGCAGAACAACAUACCCCAGCGAAAAGGAAACUCAAGGAAAUGGAAAUGGCUCAGUUCAAUAACCAACAAGAAUAUUUUAAAACUCAGGGGGGAGAGAGAAACCAGCAGUUUGCUUUACAUUAUUAUUUUCAGCAGUUUUUAUAGCCAGUUCUGAAUUAGAUCCUGUUUGUAUUUUUGUAUGCUUUCUUGGGUUAAAAAAAUGAAGAUACUCCAAAUGGGGAAGAAUUAAAUACACACAGUCACACACACAAUUGUGAUAGAAAUUAGUGCUGUUCAGUUGUAUUAAAUCUAUGCUUUCAAAUCCACCUAAACUUAGUCGUCAUGACUAAAGAUACAAUCAUAAACACACUCAUUGGAGAGCAAACCCCACUGAAUACAGCAUCAUUUACUUCCAAGUAAACAUACAUAGGGUUGCACUGUAAAUCUUGUUGAAACUACUGGAACAUGUUAGUCAUGAUGACUAUCUGAAGUUCAUAGGAACAUAGGAAGCUACCUUAUAUCGAAUCAGGCGAUUGGUCCAUCUAGAUCAGUAUCGUCUUUGUUGACUGGCAGCAGCUCUCCAGGAUUUCAGACAGGAUUCUCUCCUAGUCCUACCUGGAAAUGCCGGGGAUUGAACUUAAAUGCAGAAUUUAAAUGGUAACUGUAUGUUGUAAUACUCUGGGCCUUCAGUUAACACUUAGUAUGUGGGCAGCACAAACUGGGAAUGUGUUUUAUUCUUUUUUAAAAAACAUACCAAUUCCAUCCCUUUUAUAUUACUUUGAAUCUAUGUAAAUAAAAUAUAUUUGGUUAAUUAGAUGUGUUCUGUUCUAGGUUUUCUGAAAUAUCCUACCUACCCAUAAAAUUCUGUCAUUUUGGUCCAGCUGCUAUAGUAAGGCAUACUAUUUCCAAAUUGACUGAAGGGAAAUGAAAAUCCAAGGUUGGAUGUACUAAUGGGAGCUAGAUUGCUUGGCCCUAGUUAACCUUUUGUCACUUUUCCAAGUAGCUCUUGGUAUUAAUAAAAUCACUUCUUGUGUGUGGUUUUGCAUUCACACAAAAGCCAUUGGUGUUUUUCUGUUAUGUUUUAAAGAGUCACAUCUGGUAUACACCAAGCCAAAAAGGCAAGUUA